UAAAGAUGGCUGCAUUGAAAUUGAUAAUGUUAGUAAAGAUAAUGAAGAUUCUAUUACAUUAUUGACAUCAAUUUCUGAUAAUAAUUCUGAUAAAAAUAAUUUAUCAAGUUUAGAACCAACUGAUAUUAAUAAUAAGUUAUUAGUUAAUCAAGAAUAUAUAGUAAAAUAUUAG